AUGUCUGGAGCAGUGAGAGUAGACUAUGCCGUCGUUCUCAUUUGGCUCAUAAUCUGUUCCUUGUAUACAACCCUUUUAACUGUUACAGCACUUGUAGUCGUCUUGAUUUUGAGAAAACGCAGGUCCUCCAUACUAAAGAGUUACAGGCCGCCGCGAGCGCCAUUCUCGGAGUUGGAGUUCAAUGUAGCCACCCCAACAGACACCGCCAAAAGCCGUCGCGUCAGUUUCUCGCGGCGGACCGGGGUCGCGGAAUUUGUUACAAACGAGGCAACCACCACAUGGAAGAACUUUUAUGAAGAACACAAUAAAACUUUAGAGUCCUCCGGCAACGACUCCGACGUUAAUCCUCCCCGGCCUUCAGUCGGUCAUUUAGGGAAAAGAAUAUUCGACCAACAAUUUCAAGAAGUCGAUGCAAACGAUCUUCUUACACCAGAUGAUGGUGGGAGAAAUGUGGAUAAUUCCAUAAAUAAUGAAAACUUAUUCCGACAGUUUAACGUUUUGGAAAGCGUCAAUGAUCUAGGAGCACCAGCACCCCAUCGGAAGUUCGAGCUUAGUUCUUUUACAAAUAAUCAGAGUCAAAUAUUCGCCGAUGAAUUCUCUGUCUCCGGUUUAGGUGAAGUCUCUGAUCGCAUUAGUGUAAAUUUCACCGACGUACAACUUUUAGGUAGAAAGGAUGAUCUUGACGACAUCGAGAAAGAUUUGAAACGUCAAUCAAAUGCUGGGAACAUGGUUUGUUCAAGUGCUUUUAGAGCAGAAGAUGUUUCAGAAUACAUUGAAAUUGAUCUCAAUAUGACGCACAUUGCAGCAAGGAACGAUGAAUCUGAUAUGUCUAUUACAGAUACUAUUCAUAGUUCUGAAGUAAGUGUUUCGAAAAUUCAUACUGACAUGAAAUCUUCAUCGGCAAUUGAUUGCAAACAUUGGGUGAUUAACAAAGAGAAUAUUGCCAUAAACCCUUAUGUGGCUCCGAAAGAAUCAGCCAAUUUCGCUAUUAAUGAGGAGCCGGACAAAAUUUUGGUUUUUGACGGGAAACGGUUGACUAUACAGACGGAAUUGAAAGAAAAAGUAAAUCGGACUUCCGUAACAGAGAACGCAAGUACAAUUUCACUUAAAAAAGCAAUAGUUUUGAAUGUAGAUGAUGAUUUGCCAAACUUUGUUGACAACCCUCAAGCGUCUGUUUCACACAUAUUGUCUAAUGAUAGUCAUGCGAAAAGUCAAAGUAUGGUUAUUGGAGAUGAAGUGGUAAAAAUCCCUGUGUCAGAAGCAAAUGUAAUAAUGCCUGAUUCUCUUGAAAGGCGCAGAACAAUACUUUACGAAAGUAAUGCUGGAGAUAUAUCAGUUACGCAGGCUGUACCACCUAACAUAAUUUUGCCAGAAACUAUUCCUUUUAGUUCGGAUACGAGCAAAACAGUAGUAUUCGAAAACGAAGAUAUAACACCAGCUGUUUCGAUGCUCUCAUACCCCUCCGCCCAAGCCUUUUCAUUAAACGUAAUUGGAAAUCCAGAUCGGUUUGAUAAUAACGAAGUUCUUGUGGACCGUAUGAUCAAUAUUCCAGUAACACAUGCUGUAUCGUCUAACGUAACGUUACAAGAAUAUGUCUCAAGUGUCGCAAAUAUGAAGAAUAUUGUUUCCGCUUCCGAAAUGGAAAAUAUGUCUAUGACUCACGGUGUAUCCGAGAAUAUAAUUUUUCCGGACAACACGGUUCCUGAACACAGAAAAACAAUUGUUUAUGAAUCAGACAACGAUAUAUCUAUAACACAAGCUGUACCAAGAAAUCUAAUUGUGGUAAAAAAUCGGGAAACUGUUCUUAAAGAACCAAUAGAAUCUGUUGCAGCAGAUCAAUCAGUGAAGCAAGCCAUGCCAUUCAAUAUAAUACCAGAUAAUGCGGAACGACAAGACAUUUCAGUAUCGAUAGUCCCUAUGAUAUUGACAGAAAGUAAUAAAAUCAAUGACCAUACCAAAUCCGAAGAUAUAUCAGUUACUCAAGCUAUAAAAUUAAAUACUGUUGAUCACAAUCAAGAGAUUCCUAAAAAAUCUGCCUUAAACUGUAAUAAAAUUGGUAUUGCAAUACCAAAUCUAGACAAUGUAAAUGAAUCAAAAUGCGAUUUAGACGUAUCAAAAUAUACAAAAUCUAACACAAAUAUACCUGAAAGGAAAUUUAUUGCCGAAGAAAGCGACAUAGAUGUUAAAAAUAAGACGCAGCCUUUGCCUGCGAGUUUACAAUUAUUACCAGAAAAAUUAAUUACUCCAAAUGAUAGUGCUUCUUCUACUUCUUUAUCUUCAUUGUGUAAAGAAACUGCUAAGAAUAGACUGUCGCAAGAAAUGACUAUAACUGAAUUUAAUAAUACCGAUAAAGAAAUUGAAGAACCUCAAGUUACAAUACACACCCAUUCCAAUUUAAACAAAAUAUUCAAAACUAAGAGAUUAUCAAACUUAACACUUACGAAGCCUAUACCGGCUGAUUUGUUGACAAUACAGAAGAUUCUUGAUAAGUCUAAUUUAAGUCAGUUGUUAUGUGUAGGCCAAGAAAAAGAGCCUAUUAAUCAAAAUUUUAUGGUAUAUCAAACCAGCACUGACAUGGGUGUCAUUCCACCAGUAAACACCGAAGCAGAUUCUAUUUUGAAAGAUCCAGCUACUAAGGAUUUGUCCAGAACUGAUCUACAGCACAAUAAAGGUCAAAUAGAACUGUUCAGAACUAAAAACAACUUGUCUGCGUCAUUAAAAGAUAUGACAAAGUCGGUUCCCAACUCCAACUACGUAUCCAAAUCUCCAUCUAACAAGUCUAAAAUGUCAAACGACCCACGUGAUUCCAUGUCAUUAGUUUCUAAUUCUGAAUCACAAGAUACAAAUUCUUUGAGUAAACCUGUACCAGAGGCUUCUAAUUCCCCAUCUUACCAAUCAAGGUUUUUGUCAGAAACUUCAUCGCAACAAUCGAAAGACGGUAACACUACAAAAGAUUCAAAAAAAUCUCUUCUGGUGGAUCUUUUGGACAUGUCGUAUGUAUCUGUAACUAGCGGCUUAGAAGACAAAAGCGCUACAGCAAAGAUUGAGUCAGAUAAUUCUAUGAACAAAGAAAUCAAGCCAAAUUCUUUUGAGAAUGGAAAAUCCGAAGAAAAAGUAAUAAAAUCGAUUGAAAGUCUAUUUUACAUCACUUCAGGUAGCGAAGAUUUUCAGUCAGAAGAAGACAAGGAAGUCAAGCCUAAAGAGUUAGCACCAUUAUCGAUAUAUAAUAAAGAAACGUCAGAUGGGAAUUGUUCUAAAAACAAUAUGAUGCAGUAUCUUCAACAGAAAUUGGAUCAACUAAAAGAUAAAAUGCCAUCCAGUAGACAUUUGGAAAAAGUCGUCAGUCCUGAUAGAGAGUCUUAUAUGACUGAACAAUUAUUGCAAAUGCUUGAUAAUUUUACCGAUGUUGAAGAGCAGACAAAUCCAUUGGAUGAAAUUAAUAUUGCGCAGGGUCAAAAUAAAUUUCUAUCCAUAGCAACCCGUAAUACGGCUGGACACGGCUCUAAUCAAAAAGGUAAAAAAAAGAACAAACCUGUUACGCCUCGCACAAGUGCUCUGCAUGGAUCUCCUAGCAGCAUGACAUCACCACCUCAAGUACGUUCUAUUUCUUGGCAAGGGUCUCCUGUAAAAAGAGGGCUUAAGAAGGAAUCACCACUCCCACCUCGUUUGGGUUCACCUUCUUUCCGCAGUUUGGUGUCACCCCGUAAAUCACCAACUGCUGGGCACGGGUCUUCACUCCAUAGACAUUCUGCUACUAGGCGAGCGUCAUCUCCGCGAAAAAAGACAACUUCUAAAAAAGAUAAGAAAGAAAGUCCAACAGAUAAAGAUAAUGAACUGUAUAAAUAUACGGGUGAUUCAGACAAUGAACUAGUAGACAAAAUAAUAGAAGAGGUUAGUGCACUGGAUGAGCAUUCAUCUGAAGAAUAUCAGAAUGAAGUUAGAAAGACUUACCUAACAAAUUAUAGAAAAGAACUAUCUGUUGAAGAUACCACAGAGUUUAUUAGAAAUAAAGAACUUUGCGACCAAAUUAAUGAAAUUAUGAACGAAUCUAAAGAGACUUUAAUCAGUAAUGAUCAGCUUCACAGUCCAAUGAAAGGGAUCGAUAGUGCAAAUGACAUCGAUGUGCCAAAAGAAAAAGGAGAAGAUAAUCCUGUUUCUCAACCAUUGAAUGAAAAAAAUCUUAUGAAUGAAGAGGAUAUAAGCUGUGUACUUAAGGACGCUACAAUAGUAAAAGAGUUGCUUUAUCCAAUGGAAGAUACUAAUAUCAUGGAUGAUAGCAAUAUACGUAAACAGGAUACAGUGGGAAAAAAGCUGCUUGACAUUGAAAAUAAAAACACAGAAGACACUAGCACGCUACUUGGUCUGACGACACGACCAGCAAUCUCCGUGGCUUGCAGCUUAGAAAAUCUCAUUCCAAAGAGACAAAGUAGUAUUAAUCCACGCAGACAGUCUGUAGUCUUCAGUAAAGAAGACCUCAUGAAUAAUAUAUCGCUCGCUCAGGCAAUACUACAGAAAGAAUUAGAGGAGUCCCCAAUAGAUGUAGAAUCGCCGGAAAGCAAUAAUUAUGAAAAGAAAAUGCGUAUCAACAACGAAGUUGUUAAAUCUUUACGAUUUGAAGAUGAUGAAUUGGAAGUGGGCUCAGAGAGUAUUUUUGGUUUGUCGACACUGAAAAGCAAUACGUCAUCAUCUCCUUUAAAGAAAACUGUAUUUGGUGAGACGUCGUAUAUGAACGAUUUCAAAACGUCUCAGAAAGUAAAUGUGAUUCCGAGUUAUUUGAAAGAUGUGUCAGAUGGAAUUAAGCAAUUGAUGAGCGAUUUAAUGAAACCCGACGCGGACGCUGAUGUCUUGCCGUUUGCAGAUACCAAAAUUAAGAAAAAUAAAGAACUCCGUAAUGUGCCUUCGACUCGUAAUACUGAAGCACAAGCGGACUUAUUCACUUCUAGUCAGAUAGACCUUCAAAGAGAGCCCAUGUCCACUCUGGAAUCUCAGCAAUCCUCUACUACAACCCAACAAAGGGGGAUUAUAAAAGUAUCCUCAAACAAAUCAGUUACAGCGGCCUUUGAUAUGUGUCCACCGAAAAAGGCCCUGGAGAUAAUUAUUUUUGACCCUGGUAAUCCUUUGAACAAUAUCUACAUCAAGCCAGUGGACUUUGCUGAUGCUCAUAGAUACGAACCUCUGUAUCCCAACGGUUUUCCUGACUGCAGAUCUGGAAACUCUUCAAAAGAUAACUCAAUAGAGAGAAUGUUUACUCACUACAACAUUCGCACAAUCAGAUCAUCUUUUACAGGAACAGAAGUAAAUCAAAGUUACAAGCAAAAGCUUCCUGAAGAAAAGAAUUCACAAGUUCAUGAUUUUGAUCUUAUGUCGCGAAGGAUUACAGAUUGCAAUACUUUACAAAGCUUAGCUGAAGUUGAUAGCUCUAAUAACAACAUAAAUAGAUCUUGUUCAGUCAAUAAAGCUGUUGGUGCCCCUGAAGUUACCAGCAGAGACGCUAAAAUGAAUACUGCCAUUGCAAUGAGAGAUAACCUCAAGAUUUUAGAAGCCCAUUCUUCUCUAACCCUUGUAAACGAAGCCGGGGAUAAUGAGGCCAAAAGCGACGUUUCUGUCCACAACUUUCCAUUAAACCACCACGAUCAGAUUUCCGGAGUAAAAGUUAUUUACGAACAACACAAUCAGGACUUAGGUGAAAUGCGAAACGAUCAAAGUCCCAACCAAAUCGGUAAUACGAGCAGUAGUAAAAGAAAGUACAGUUCAUCUAGUAAUUAUCAUAGACUUUGUACAGUGUCUUCAUUAGAUAUAACACCGAAACCGGCAAAGAAAAUCGCUAAAAGAUCUACAAGCCCAGAUGAAAUGCUGAAUUACGACAUAAAAACGGGAGCAUGUCAACUGCCACCAUUAGCUAGUCGUUCUAAAAAUUUCAACACAUCCAGCUGUUGCAGUCCUGCGAAACAUGCUCAAAUUGGCUCAUGUCCGAAAAGUCCAAAAGACCAGAAUAACAAGAGUCCAAAUAACAAGCCAAACACCAAUGAUGAUUCGAAUAGUCCUACAGGCAAUACAAAGCAAGGUCGAAUACCGCUAAGUCCAAAAGAUACUUCGAAAAAGCAAAGAUCAACAACUGUUCAUAGGUUGGCAGUUGAUGGAAUCUUUAAUAAACCCAAUAGGCAGCAGAUAGAACCAUAUGUUGAGGCCGACACUGUGGAAUAUAUACGCAAACAGAAGGUGGAAUAUUAUGUUAAUGAAAUUAGUACGUCGUCUAGUAGAAGUGAAGUAACACACUGCGCUUCGGUUUCGACAUCUUGCGGCAAAUGCACAGGAGUUACUAUGGACUGGCUGCCUGAACUGAUGAAUGAAUUGAGCUCGAAGAACUUGGUGACAGAGUGCGAGUCCGACAUCAAUGUUUUGCAGAUGAUUGAUGCGCUACCAUUUAUGGGGACCCCUGAAUGCUCAUGGGAGAGUGGCGAUUGCGAGACAUGGUCGUUCUAUUUCUUGCACGAACGUUUGCGCUUGCGCAUCGAGCUCGCGCCACAACGCAAGGGCUGCAACGACAAAGGCGCGUGCGUCCGGAGUGACACGCCCGUUUUGGAUUUGAAGAUAGACAAUUUGCAUCAAGACAAAAGGAACUCGGUGGCGGUGGUGUGCGUAAAAUUCGCGGCGGAAGCGAUGCGCUACCUCCUGGGCAGGUCGGGGGUGUACACUCGCGCCGGCGACGUGCCCGCGCUGCUGCGCCGCUGCGCCGGCGUCGCGCGGGUCUCGCUCAAGUGGGGCCGCGCCAUGCACGCGGCCUGGUCGCAUUUAGCGUACACCAUGACCGAAGAAGGAUUGCUGUCGUUGAAGGUGGCCAAUCUCUCUCUACGCUCUGUAUGGGAGGUGACAAUGCAACUGGAGUUGGUAGUCGAGGACGCGAGGGAAGUUCCCUGGCCCAGGGCGAGUGACGUCCGGGUUACUAGCAUCAUCUCCGACCACAAAGUGACUCGGGACGAGGUGCAUAGAGUGCUGCACCAUAUGAAGAAGGAUUGGGGACAUGUUCCGAGAACCAUAUGGAAAAUCUUCAGAUACCUCAAGUACAAAACUCGUGAGGGCGACCUGUUACUAGCUUCGUAAAGUGUUUGUGCAAAUCUGUUCUCAUUCAUGUACAUAUUUAUCAACUAUCAUUUCCAGUAUCCGUUUUUUUAUCAUUUUUCGAAAUCGCGAAGAAAACGCUGUUUGAAGUAAUCGCUUAUUCGUACUUGACCCAAAUGUAUGAAACAACUUUUCUCCACGGUUUCACUUGGUUCUCAUAGUUAGAAGGUUCAUUUCAUGUGCCGAAUUUUUUCGUUUAUAUUAGAAACUUAUAAUAAAAUGAAACG